UUGGGCGAGGAUGAACGUCUGGGCAUUCUUUGUGAAUACAAUGGACAGACGGUUUCGUCUGAUUCGCUGUUGUGUCGCCUUUCUUUAUCUCAGCCUGCAUUUCACUGACGGAGAUGUGAGCUAUUUGGUCGCGGAGGAGAUCAAACGCGGUACUGUGAUCGGGAGUAUUGCUAAGGAUCUUGGCCUUGGGAUUGCUACACUUUCCUCACGAAAAGCUCGCAUUGACACGGACAGGAAUGACAAAAGGUAUUGUGAUAUCAGUCUGAGCAACGGGGAUUUGAUCGUGACUGACCGGAUCGACAGGGAAAGUCUUUGUGGAAAAAAGGCGACCUGCGUUUUAAAGGAGGAGCUCGUUUUGGAAAACCCUUUAGAACUACAUCGGAUCAGUAUCCAUGUGCAGGACAUUAAUGACAAUGCCCCAGAGUUUAGUGAGGACUUGAUUUUAUUUGAAAUAAGAGAAUCGGCCAUCAAAGGAGCAAAAUUCCCGCUGACCGAGGCCCGGGAUGCAGAUAUUGGUUCAAAUGCCGUGCAGGAUUACAGCCUUCAAAAUAAUGAGCACUUCACCAUUCAUGUGGAUUCUGCGCCUGGUGGACGGAAACGCUCGGAAUUGGUUUUAUCAAAAGAACUGGACAGAGAAAAGGACAACGAAUUGAAAUUGGUGCUGACUGCUGUAGAUGGCGGCUCUCCUCGGAGAUCAGGAACAGCCGUCAUACAUGUCAUUGUGCUGGAUGCCAAUGAUAACGCCCCUGUGUUUAGCCAGGACGUUUACAAAGCCAGUCUGCCUGAAAAUUCUCCUUUGGAUACUGUGGUGGUCACAGUGAAAGCAAGUGAUGUGGAUACAGGGUCAAAUGGUGACAUUACAUAUCAUUUCGAUCAUAUGUCAGAUGACCGUGUGUCCUUAUUCUCACUUGACCAUAAGAAGGGGGAGUUGAGGCUCGUUGGCUCCAUUGAUUAUGAAACAGAUACUUCAAUUGAAUUACGCAUACGAGCAAAAGAUGGUCCAGGUCUGACCUCUUACUGCUCCGUGAUGAUAGAUAUAACAGACGUCAAUGAUAAUGCACCUGCUAUCAGUCUGAAAUCACUAUCGAAUCCCUUACCAGAAAACACCAAACCUGGCACGGAGGUGGGCAUCAUUAAUGUGCAGGACAGAGACUCUGAGAGUAAUGGACAGGUCCGCUGCUCACUCCAGCAGGGUGUCCCUUUUAAGUUAGUUCCCUCUAUUAAAAACUAUUAUUCUCUGGUGAGCACAGGACAGCUGGACCGUGAAGUGGUGUCUAAUUACAACAUUACAAUCACUGCCACUGACGAGGGAUCUCCACCUCUGUCCUCCUCUAAAAGUGUUCAGUUGUCUGUAGCUGACAUCAACGACAACCCACCUGUGUUUGAGGAAGAGUCGUACAGCGCAUAUGUGAGUGAAAAUAACAAAGCUGGCUCCACUUUAUGUUCCGUUGCUGCUCGAGACCCUGACUGGAGACAAAAUGGGACCGUGAUUUAUUCACUGUUAGCUGGAGAGGUGAACGGUGCCCCGGUGUCCUCGUAUGUGUCUGUGAAUGGAGACACGGGGGUGAUCCACGCUGUGAGGUCGUUUGAUUAUGAACAGUUGAGGAGUUUCAAAGUGCAGGUGAUGGCCAGAGACAACGGUUCUCCUCCCCUGAGCAGCAACGUGACAGUCAGUGUGUUCAUAUCAGAUGUGAAUGACAACGCUCCUCAGAUCUUGUACCCCGCCCCGGAGGGCAACUCCUUCAUGACCGAGCUGGUCCCCAAAGCUGCACACGGAGGCUCUCUGGUGUCCAAAGUGAUCGCAGUGGACGCGGACUCUGGACAGAACGCCUGGCUGUCCUACCAGAUAGUCAAGUCUACUGAUCCGGGACUUUUCACUAUCGGUGUCCACAGUGGAGAGAUCAGGACACAGCGGGACAUUUCUGAAUCUGACAGCAUGAAACAGAACCUGAUCGUGUCAGUGAAAGAUAACGGACAGCCCUCUCUGUCUGCCACCUGCUCCAUGUAUUUACUGAUUUCUGACAACUUGGCUGAGGUUCCAGAGCUGAAGGACAUUUCUUAUGAUGAAAAGAACUCCAAGCUGACUUCCUACCUGAUCAUUGCGCUGGUGUCUGUGUCCACCUUUUUUCUGACUUUCAUCAUUAUCAUCCUGGGUGUGAGAUGUUGA